CGCACACGUGCACACAAAUCAACACAACACCAACAACGAUGAGUUCACUGCGGGAGUUGCGGGUGGUGGAUCUGUACAGCGGCAUUGGCGGGUUGCACGCUGCGCUUGGCGUGGCCAUCGCUCGCAUCAAUGCCAGACCAACACGCGCGGGACAGGCACCGUGGUCCGUGGAGGAUGUGAGGCCCUUUGAUGUCAACACCGCGGCAAACAAGGUGUACCAGCACAACCACAGCAUUGCUCCAUCGCCUCGCGGCAUCGACGCGCUCACCCCACGGCACGUGCGCGACAGCAACCUCUGGCUCAUGAGCCCGCCAUGCCAGCCUUACACCAGGAUUGGGAAGCAGCUGGAUGUGGAGGACCCGAGGGCGGCGAGCUUCCUGCACAUGAUUGAGAUGCUGAGCAAGAUGGAGUCGCCACCACAGCUCCUCUUCCUCGAGAACGUAAAGAACUUUGAGCACUCCGAGACCCGGCGGCGCCUGCUGCACGUGCUUCAUCAGCGCAACUACAGCGUGCAAGAGUUUCUCGUGUCUCCAACACAGCUGGGCAUCCCCAACACCCGCCUGCGGUACUACCUCCUUGCAAGCCGCUCCGCUGGGCCGCAGGACACUGCUACCGCUGCAACCGCCGCCACCGACACAUCCACACAACAACAACACCGACAGCCUGAUGCUGCACCACCAACGACAGCAACAUCAUCGCCGGCAACAGCAGCGGUGGCAUCGUCUCCAGUGCACGCGUUCAUGCCGCGGUUACAGCACGACAGCAACACCAACGACGACAGCACCAACGACGACACCGGUCAUGGUGAUGCUGGUUAUCAGGACCAAACAGUGCCCAUGAGUGCACGUGGUCGGCAGCUUCCCAACCCCCAUCCUCAGCCGCUGCCACCACCGCGCUGCAUGCUCCCGAUGGGCGACUACAUCGCCACCUCGCUGCCACCAGCGCUGGUGGAGGAGCUCAUCUUGACCCCUGCGACGCUGCAGCGGGCAGGCAACUUCAGGUUUGAUGUGGUCACGCUCUCCUCGCUCACCAGUACCACAUUCGCCAAGGGAUAUGGGGUGAAGGGCCACCUCCGAGGAUCGGGGCCCGUGCUGCUGCUGAACAGCGGCGACCUCACACCAGCGUCAACAGACCCCAGCAAUGGUGAUGGUGACGACAAUGAUGAUGAUGAUAUGAGGACGAAGAAUGAUGCUGCUGCUGAUGCUGCUGCUGCUGAUGAUGAUGACGAUGAUGAUGACGAUGAUGAUGAUGAUGCAACUGAUGAUGGCAGCCAAUGUAGCAAGCGUGCUCGCAGGGGCCAGCUCGACCAAGUGCAACAGCAGCAGCACCAGCAGCAGGUGGUGGUGGGAGUGCGUGAUGAGAAGCGGUCCUUCCGGUCCUUGCAAGCACACGAAAAGGCGCGGCUGUUUGCCGUCUCGGAGAUGCUGCGACUACACGGGUUCCCUGAGGCGUUUGAAAUGCCUGCAGGCAUCACACAAAAGCAGGGGCGGGGCCUUGUUGGGAACAGCGUCAACGUGGAGGUGGUGGCGCAUUUGCUCCAGUACUUGCUUGAGAACAUUGCGUGUGUCGCCGACGCUGAUGCGUCUCAGCAGCCGUGAACCCACGUGUUGUGUGCGUGUGUCAUGUGUGUGUGUGAGUGUGUGCAUGUGUGUGUGUACGUGUGUGUGUGUGAUAUAACUUCGGAUGCACUGAGGCGUGACGAGACGUGACGAGACGUGACGCUACUUUAUGGGGUCGCUGUGCAAACUUGAGCUUGGUUUGUAACAACACAACAUCGACACCAACAGUAAACGGCA